AUGGGCAAAUGGCGUUAUGGUGUCGUCCUGGACGCAGGCUCGUCUGGGACCCGCGUACACGUUUACCGAUGGCUGCGAAAUGCUGCCGCACGAAAGAAAGCCGAUGUGGAGGAGUUGAAAUCACUUCCGGAGAUAAAGACGAAGGAGGAGUGGACCAAGAAGAUUCGCCCUGGUGUUUCCUCGUUCGCCGACAAGCCCGAAUUGGUCGGAUCUGAUCACCUGGCGGAACUUUUGGACCAUGCGAAGGGAAUUAUUCCCGCCGAGGAUGCCAAGGACACACCCAUAUUUCUCCUCGCCACGGCGGGUAUGCGACUAGUAGGAAACGUUGAACGACAGCUUCUUCUUGACAACAUCUGCUCGUAUGCUCGUGACAAUUCGAACUUCUUGCUUCCGGACUGCGGUGUUCACAUCCAGGUGAUUCCCGGUGUGACUGAAGGACUGUACGGAUGGAUUGCGACAAACUACCUGAUGGGUGCAUUUGACACCCCGGACAAGCACGACCAUGGAAAGGGACACCACACUUACGGAUUUCUCGAUAUGGGCGGUGCAUCCGCUCAGAUUGCGUUUGCGCCGAACGCGACGGAGACAGAGAAGCAUGGCAAUGAUCUCAAAUUGCUGCGGCUGCGGAACAUUGAUGGAUCGGUUCAAGAGCACAGAGUGUUUGUCACUUCCUGGCUUGAAUUCGGCGUACACGAAGCCCGGAGACGAUACCUGGAGGCUUUACAAACUACCGCAGGACCAGAGAUUUUGGAGUUGCCGGACCCAUGCCUCCCCAGUGGACUUCGGACUACUUUGGAAGGCAAGGAUGUGGCAUUGCAGAGUGAGGCAGAGCCUUAUCUGCUCGGCACCGGCAAAUUCGACGAGUGUCUACGCCAGACAUUCCCCUUACUGGACAAGGAUGCUCCCUGCACAGAUGAACCGUGUCUGUUGCACGGGAUGCAUGUUCCAGCGAUCGACUUUGAUGUGAAUCACUUUAUCGGAAUCAGCGAGUACUGGCACACCACCCACGAAAUUUUCGAAAUGGGAUUCAAGGAUAAGGCUUACGAUUUCAACACCUACCAAGAACGCGUUCAAAUGUUCUGCUCACAGGACUGGGACUCGAUUGAGCAUGGAAUUGAAGCACAGAAAUGGGGCAAGAAGGUCGAUCAGCAGAAGGCCGCUGAGGUAUGCUUCAAGGCAUCAUGGAUCAUCAACAUGUUACAUGAUGGCAUUGGCGUUCCUCGGGUCGGUUUGGAAGAAACACCUAGUUCAUCGCACAAUGGCACCAAGGAAGUCUUGGCUCACGGGAAAGAAAAGGGCUAUCUUGAUGCCUUCCAGGCGGUCAACAAGAUUGACUCGACCGAAGUGAGCUGGACUCUGGGUAAGAUCGUCUUGUACGCAUCCUCCCAGGUACCCGUGGAAGUUGAAGAAGCCCUCCCGGUUGGCUUUGGCAGCAAUGUUCCUGGUAUUUCAAACGACUUCCAAUACCCCAGCACUCAACUUCUGCCCGACUCGGACGGCGUCCACAGCGAACAUUGGCACGAUGCGCUAUUUGACGGUGAUUCACCGCGUCGAGUUCCAGGUUUGAUACUCUUCAUGCUGAUUAUUGUCAUGGUCGGGUUCUUCUUAUGUGGCCGCAGCCGCCGUUCACGGAUUUUCAACCGUGUCGGUAAUGUGCUGCGCCGCGGCGGACCAUCCCACCCAAAUCACCCGAAGAAACGAAAGGGACUCAAGGCAAUGCUCCCGUUCCUAGGUCGAAGCGCGACCUCCUACGAGCGUGUCCUCGAGGACGGGGCUCAAGACUUUGAACUCGGCGUGACCGAUUCCGAUGGAAGUGAAGAUGGUGGACGCCUCUCCGAGGCAGACUCAGCCAGACUGGGACCGCCGAAGCGAGCAUCCAGCUGGGGAAGCAACAGCAACACCCCCAGCUUCAAGUACGCGCUGGACAACAGCUCGACAGGGACGAUCGGACUUGGGAUUAGCGGUGGAGGCUCAGGCAUCGCGAUGGACCGCGCCGGCUUGGUCGUUCGGACCGAAAGCAGGGACCAUCUCGCCCCGAUAGCUUUGGGACCCACCACCAACGGUCGACGAUCUCGCGCAGGCAGCCCGACCAGAUCCCUUCACCAAAAAUCACCAAGCAUGACACCCCUUGCCGACGACUAA